CUUUUACAGGUACUUUAUCUGCGAUAUCCGAUGGCAUGCAAUAUGGCUGGACUGCACCCACAGUGCCCAUCUUACUGGGACCGGACACCCCCAUUAAGAUCACAGAAUUCCAAGCAGAAUGGCUGGAGUCCGUGUUGAUGAUUGGAGCAUGUUGUGGCUUGCCGGUUACGAUGUAUCUGGUGGACAAAAUUGGGAGAAAGAAGUCACUUUUGGUGUCUGCUGCUACCACGUUCACGGCUUGGAUUAUCAUGGCUGUUGCUAGGAGGAUUGAGUGGAUUUAUGUCGCCAGAUUCUUCUCUGGGAUGGCAGGAGAUAUGGCAUUCGUAGCAGCUCCGAUGUUUAUCGCAGAAAUAGCAGACCAGAAGAUCAGAGGGUUUCUCUCCAGUCUGAUCUACAUCAUGAUGCUCACGGGAAUUCUAUUGCUCUACUGUGUGGCACCUUUUGUACCGAUUUGGGUGCCAUGUGUAAUUGGUUUGACAAUCAACGCAAUAGGUAUGCUGGUUUUCUCCUUCCAACCAGACUCACCAUACUACCUUCUCUACAAGAACCGACCAGACGAAGCUAAGCGUGCACUUAGACGAUUAAGACAACGUGAAGACGUGGACACAGAAUUCAAAGACAUCUCUGCAGCCAUAGACCGUCAAAAGGGAGAGAAAGGAAGAUUCCAGGAUUUGGUUCUUGUAGACAGCAACAGAAAAGCUUUGGUCAUCAUGGUGAUGCUCAACAGCUCUCAACAUAUGAGCAGUAUCAGUGUGAUGCUGAUGAACUUGCAUUCUAUCCUGGAGGAAGCUGGUGCAGUGUACGUGGCAGCUUCAACCGGUGCCAUCAUCUUCUCAGCUACGAUGUUCUGUGCAGCCAUGUCAGCUUCACUAGCUAUAGACAACUUUGGAAGGAAGUUUUUGCUUUGUUGUUCAGGUGUCUGCGCCGGUCUGUGUCUGUUGACAAUAGCUACCUACUUCACAUUGAAAAACAAUGGGUUUGAUGUCUUGCACGUUAGUUGGCUACCUCUACUUAUGGUCAUGUUAUAUGCAGCUUCGUUCAAAUUUGGUAUUGGUCUAGUACCUGUAGUUCUGACAGCAGAAUUGUUUCCCGCAAGAGUCAAAGCUAUAGGCAUGACUCUUUCCGACUUGUGCUAUGUAGGGUUUGCAGUGAUUACGUUACAAAUUUAUCAUGGAUUGAAGAAUGCAUUUGGUAUACAUGUACCUUUCUUCAUAUUUGCCUGCAGUUGCUUUUGCACUGUGAUCUUCACGAUAUUCUAUAUUCCAGAAACGAAGGGUAAGACCCUUGAGGAAAUACAGAUGAUACUGAAGGGACAAGAGUUGGACGACCUUCAGAAACCUAAGGCAGUUAGUGAAGAUGAAAACAAAAAGGAUGGAACGUAUAAAAAUGAAGCUUUUGUACCUUGAGCAUUAGUAUUGGUGAUAAUGUCAUAAGCUAUGUGAUCGUCACAUCAUUCAGAAAUACUCUGCUGCUAACCUGUUUUAUUAAAGGUAGCAAGAACUUAUGAUACAGACUUGGGUACGUUUACCAAUAUCUUUCCACUUGGUGGCGAAACUUGUAGUAUUCUACUUAUGUCAGACUUGUGUUAUUCUACUUAUGUCUUUUGAAACAUAACUUUUUAAAAAAUUAUACAAGAGCUCUAUUUACGUCUGUGUUCCUUGUCUUCAUUAUGAAUCAUAUGGAGUGGUCUUGAAUGCUUGAGCUCGAAUACAAAUUGUCUUAAAUAGCAAAAACAUGACCUCUUGCUAUAAGCUGAGAAAUACGUGGGAUUCUGUAGUAAGCUUGACCUUCACCGAUCUGACGGGCAGUCGAAAAUAAUUUAUUAUGAAAUAUAUAUGUUAAAUAAGUAUCGGUAAUAGGUUGCCUGGAGCUACGAUCCGGCAUCCUUUUCUAUCGCAAUGGAUAGUACGCAUAUCACACCGUUUCUAAGAUUUUCAUACGUUUGAGUUUUUCAAUUUAAAGCCCUGAUAACUGUGAUUGCUUAUACGUUUUUUGUAGGCAAUCUUACACCGUAGUGUUCGCACUGAUAUUAUCUUUAGUAUGAUGAACAAUUUUAUUGGUUUGAGAGAUUAGGCGACGAGAAAUGAAAGAUAGUUUUCCGGUACUUAAUUGGAGGUACUCUGUUGAUUCCUUUAAGCUACGUAACACUGAUACUGUCCAACCGGUCUUCAGAUCAGUUCGGAAAAGCUUUAAUAUCUAUGUGUAAUUAAAAUAUAGGGCGGGAAAGUUUUUUCAACAAGUUUUAUUGCACAAUUAGAUCCAGACACUUCCAAGAGAAGCAGUCUGGUCAAUGGAGAAAAACAUGGAAUUUUGACAGUACUUAUGAUGAGCUUCAAAAUAGGGUAUACCUGAUCCCAAUUUCAUUUGAAAAAUGUUCAAAGAGGGUGUCUGGCUUCCAUAUUAAAAUUUGUCAUUGUUACUUUUUCGCUAAAAUAUAGUAUUAAAGUAGAGCAGAUUGAAGCUCAAACAUUCAAACCAGUUUUCCUCUAGUGGUCUAACAAAAGUUUCUCAAAGGAGACGAUUCAUGUAAAAUUGAACUUUGAAAAGUACAUUAAGUGUUUUGAAGAAGUUAGUGGCCAAGAAAAUAAAUUCUUCGGUGUAGGCCAACAUUUCCCAAUUUCUACGCCACUGAUAUAGUCUCAGGCACUAACAUUUUUGUAUAAAUUGCCUGUGAUGCCGAUACUACAUAUACAAGAUUUAAAGUCAAUAUCUUAAUCUACGCUAAGCAUACAAUUUAUUCCCAAUUUCGAAAGUAUUUUAUUUUACCCCAGAAAGCUUGCCACAUUUCUUCAGAAACAUUCUGUAUACAGAACUCAGGUCCUUUUGACUUCUCUCCCUCGUUGAUCCCGUUUCAUCCAGCUCAUGGUAUGCAGGCACUUCGAGGCAUGACAUCAUCGCUAACGAAAGGAAUGCACAUUUUCAGCGUGCAAGAAAGUAUUCAAAAUAUACACCCCCGGAGUUCUAAUAAAAACAGCGUCCACGGAAAUUGAUUGGAUCUCGCUGUAAAACGGUUUAUCGUGCCGCAUUUUGUACGAAUCACGUUUUCCAGUUUCCCUACGUUGAGUGUCAGAUGGCAAAUGUCACUAUCUCUAGUGAACUGCCAUCGAAAAAUAGUCCAGAGAUUAUGGAAACGACGUUGACUCAUCUGCGAUUUUUUUGUUUUUUACUUCCCACGCCUGCUGGCGAGGAAGUAAUGUGCAUCACGGAAAAUCAUGUCAUCCAUUUUCGUCUGUCUCUCUGCCUGCUGGUCUGUCUGUCCGCUGAUCCUUGGCCCGUCGAUUACUUGGAAAGUACCAUUCGGAUUUUGAUGAAAUUUUCACACAGUCACCACUAUGCCCAGCUUUGUAGUUUUUGGAAAUAGGUUCACUGUGGUGGAGAAAAUCGCCAAAAAUGAGAGAAUAAAAACCCAUCAUACUCCGUGUUUUGACGUUUCUGAGGAUAUCCAUUCUUGUUGGAAAAAAUGGGGAGUGGGGGAUUGUAGGAGGGCGUAUCGAAAUUUUUUGAGGUUAGUAUUUAAAUACAGUUCCAAUCCCGAUAAUUCUACGGACCUAUUAGACAUAAUCAACACAUCAUGGAUUGCCCUGUGCAUUUGCCCCUUGAACUUAUAACGACAGAAAAACGUUUUCGACAUGUGUACCUUUGUCUGCUGGCUUAAACUGCGUGCCGGCGUUACGUCCUGCAUGACUGGUAGCGCUUUGUCGUGUGUAAUGCAUCGUGCUUCCAGAUAUUGGGAAGAGGCGACGAGACGUUGAAAGAUGAACGGUGCAUCUGGUAAGGCAGGAAAUGAUGUAGUGGACUAAUUGUACGGACCUGUUUGACGGACUCGAUCCGUUUAUUUUCUCUGUUAUAUAUGUUCGUGACUAACUUUCCUUUUAGAGGCUCUAACUUAAACAUGGUGCUUUCGUCCGUCUAACCAAAGAUAUCCAACCACAGACAGCUGUUCCGUGCUUUGGUCUAGGCUUAGUCUCUGGGACAACAACGAAAACGAAACAGCUAUCCUCUAUCCAGGGUAAUAAGGUUUAUAUAUAAAAUGGAUCAAGGUUGCAGCUAGACCAUAACGAUUAAGAUGGACGCCAUCUAGGGCGGAAACGAUGCGAAGAGAACCGCUGCGACAGUUGUCAGAUUCACAGCUCAAACGUGGCUUCCCUUCACACUGGUCCCAUUGCACGAAUCCUCAUUUCAUUACAUAUAAAGGAACCCAGAUGGGCAGUUUUGCUUCUCUCCAUCUCGCUUCCCUAUAUAUCAGUGGGUGUACAACUUUAUUGUCCACCACACAGGUAUAAACUGUAUUCAAAUCUCACUUACUCCCGCCAAAACAAGUACCAACAUAUAAUGUUAAGAUUUUCCAACUUCUGUUGGCCAGCGGGAGAUAAAUGCCUGAGUCGGGAGCAACAAGCGAAUGCACUUGAACUCGCUUUGCUACGCGCUGUCAAUAAACAUUCGCUCACCACUAGCCAGCUGGCUUCAGCUUGUCCGAAUGCUUCCGGUAACAAUAAGAGACCAUUUUUCGAAACUUGAAAGCCAGACUUUUUACGACAACUGUUUGUAUCGAAUUUUCUACUUAAAGGUCAAGGAACGCGUCCUUCUAAUUAUGGCCUACUAGGUAACACUCUGUAUACAGUGUGUUUCAAAUUCCACUCUGACCACUGAGAUCCUGGAAACCGUAAGAGAUACGAAGUCGCCUGAGUGGAGGUAAAGGUGCGUACUUAAAAUAUUUCCAGAGAGAUACAGAAAAAACACCAAAAAUCGUUUUUCCUUGAAUUUAUUUGUAGUGGGAUUUCAAAAUAAAUUGCACAUUAAAAUUGCUACUUUUUCUCCUAUAGAAGAUUAGAAUUUCAAUAUGACAUUUCGUCUCUUGUCAGCCAGCAUCAAGUUUUUGUUUUCAUAUUGGAUUUUUAUUCAGAUAAAUAUAAGUUUCUAAUGCUAAUGUCAAAAAUGUUUAAUACGUCAUAUAUCAAAAAGAGAAUUUCCUAGGUAGUCAUUUGCUUCACAACCAGAUUUAUCUCAAAAACACUUGAGACGAGUUUUCAAAAUGAAUUGCAUGUUGUGAUUGUUACUUACAGGAUGGAGUAGUCAAAUUUUCAAUUCGACAUUUCUUCUUUCGACUUCGACCACCAACUUUGUUUUUUCAUAUGAACGGUAUACUGAAAUUUUUACAUCUAAAUGGACUUUUCAGUCAUAAAUUCAGUGAUGUAUUUACUUAGUUGCCCAUUAGUUUGUUGUUCGAUGAAAAUUAUAAGGGAAUAAAAAGGAAUGGCGAAACCUGAACGCAAGAUGAAAAUUUUAUUGAUCGUAAUAACAAUAAUAAUAAUAAGAAUGUCCGGUAUUUUGUAGGCAAAACCUCUUCUCUGUACAUACGUCACUGAUUCAAGUUUUCAAAACUUCAACCAUUUUUUAAAUCAGAAUUGAAAACUCUAUUCAACUGCGCAGAAGUCCAAAAGUUAAAGCUGGAGGACAAGAGACGAAACGUUAUAUUGCAAUUCCUAUUAUGCCGUCUUGUAGAGGAUAAAAAGUGGCAGUGUUAAUGUGCAAUUUAUUUUGAAAUCCCACUACAAAUAAAGUCAGGAAAAAUAUUAAAAUGAUUUUGGGAAAAUUCAGUUUUUACCGUCUCUGGGCAGAACAUCGAAACUUUCUAGACGGCAUGUUGUUGACUACGUAAAUACGUAACUUUGUUCCCAUUUAAGCGACUUCGCAUAUUUUACAGUUUUCGAGAUCCCAAUUCAACCACUUUCUGGUUUUGCAUAGAAUACGAAUUGCACUACGGAACUUGAUCGUCUGUUGAGUGGGUUUUGCCGAAAUAAAUUAAUUCUCUUACAAUACAACGAGUAUUCGGCGCCGUUUUUCGAGAUGCGCAUAUCUCAACGGAUAAAUCUAUUAGAAAACACAGGACUGUGAGAAUUGAGACUGCUUUUCUGCAUCGCUAGCGCCACGGUUUAAGUGCUAAUUUCAAUUUGGGGGUUUUUUAAACCUCGGAGUAUCCACAGCUGUUGACAAAAUGAAGUCAAGAAAGGCUUUGGUGUGCAGCAUAUAUUCAUGUUCUUGGACAUGAUAGGGCGACUUGUGGUUGUUACAAGCUUUAGAUGUUUUUUUUUAUUUCGCAGAUACUACCAUCGUCAUGAGAAUGUAUGUCAGAUCACCACUGUUAUAACUGAUAAAAGUCUUCUUUUGUCAUCUUUCAGUACACGUAUGUCCAACUAUUUCUUUGGAAUAACUUUUUUGAAAAGAGGCCUUUUUCUACUAUGCAUCAUUUUGUCUUUCAUCAGCCUUUGAAACAACGGUAUCGGAAAAAUACUACAUCGGUCUAUCUCCUGUACGUACUUUUGUUUUAUUAUGAACUGUUUUUCAAGUACGGUACUUGUUAAUAGAAAAUUAAAAAGUGAACCUCCGCCAUAUACAUCUCUUUAUUAAAUUAAUCUCGUACAGAUAACCGAACCUAUCAUCAAUACAGUUUGAAAUGUAAACAUCUGGUAUAUAUUGUAUAUUAAAAAGGAAUAUAUUGAAACUUUUCUUUUAUGUUGGGUGUCUAGCCUCGGUUUAUAAACACCACCAGUGAUCUCCUGACGGAGCUGCAUCCCAACUACCUUCAAACCAUUCUUCAAGCAGUUUUACACGAUGGUAAAAUCGCUCUCCUGCUCAUCCAUCACAGUUCAAAGAUUUAAAGAAAAAAAUGGCGCAUUCAACAUAUCUUUCACCGAGAGUUCUGCGUUUUCAGCUCUGUGUGUAACUAAAGAGGCGGUUAGCACAGAUUUUUUAACUAGCGAUUUUCACGCUCAUAGUUCUUUGUCAUUUCGUUUUUGAUCGAAAAUUUGGUUUUUCAUUGAUACGGCUAUUUGUGGACCGAUAAAAAUUAUGGACCAUUUCUUCUUUGAGCUUUAUGCCACUUAUUUUUAGAAAAACAUAUUUCAAUACAUAAAUCCCUUGUCAUUUUUAUCCCUUGUCUGACAUAGACAUGGAUUAGAAGAGUACCAGUAUAUACCUCGAAAGCAAGAUGUGAUAGAAGCAAAGACAUCCACAUACUGUUACUAAGAGAGAACCGUAGUUUUUCGGGUACAGGAAAUGUGCCACGUAGUGCUAUCAAUGUUUGCUUCAAGAUUAUCUGUAUUUUCAAAUUAAAAAAUGACCGAUGCUUUACUUGUUAUUCGUACAGAGACUGUGGGGUAUUCGAAAUUAACUCACUGAUACUAUUGUGCAUAAGUUUAGAAGUUACGUGUUACUGUUGAAAAUCCAUUUCAAACGUUGUAUAGAUGAAAUAACAUUGGGGAAUUGCUUAUUUCCGGGAACUCUCCAGGCUUUGAAUAUUGAAUUCAACAUGCUUUUAUGUAACUAGUGAUAAAUUAUGUAUAUAUGUUUAUGUAACUGAAUUGUUUCACUCGUAUAACUUGAAUAAUGAUAUUGAUACACAACUAUCCUGAAAUUCCCGGUAGUAUCCAAUGAGUUACGCAUUAUAGAUAAAAACUUAUAUUUAUUAAAUUAUUAUAUGCACAGAAUUAAAAAUUACUACAAUAAAUAGACAUAAGCACUAUAUCUCUACACUUUAAUUAUCAUCACAGAGGAGAGUGAUCUGGACGUAUUUGAGAGGCUGGUAAAUGUAGUAAAAAGACAUUAUCGAAACUAGCGUUUCGUCAACAAUGUUUUCAGGAUAAGGUUGAUGAAAGGACAAACAUUUUUUAUUUCCAGUGCAAUAUUACCUAUGUAUACCGAACAAAUCUUUUGAAGCAGUAAGAAUCUUCUACUUUGGAUGAGUUCGGUGUUUGAUUUGCCGUUUAGUAAUAAUGUCUUAUAUGUAUAAGUUGCCAAAUUGACUGGACUACCAAUCGACAAGUUUCGCUGUUCGCUUAUCACUCGGUCAAUGAAGAUAUUGCAUUUUUAUCAAACUAUAUACAUGUAUAUUUAUAAGAGCAAAGUAUGUAUGUUUUAUAUUUGUAAAUAAAUAAUUACGAUUGUUAAAA